UUAUCUACAGGUUCCAUUUACUGUCGCUUGUUAAUUAUUAACAUCAUAAUUUUAUUACUUAUUCGAUUAAAUGUAGUCCAUACAAGAAACGACUUGCUUAUUUACGCAUUAUUACAUUGUAACAUUUAAAUUAUAAAGGGUUUGAAAAUAGUGUAGAUAAGAUUUUAUGAGUUAGCUUGAUACAAACUAUCAAAUCAUGGCAGUGUUAGCAGCGGCCCAACUUCUCGACGAGUUAAUGGGAAGACAUCGGAAUACUAAUCCAAAUGAAAAAAUUAAAAAACCAAAUUGGGAAGAUCCUGAAUAUUGUAAAUAUUAUAUGGUUAAGUUCUGUCCUCAUGACUUAUUUGUAAAUACACGGGCAGACCUUGGAGCUUGUCCAAAAGUACAUGAUGAUGAAGUUAAGGAACUGUUUGAAAAGGCAGAAGGUUCUUAUAAGAAAGCUCAGUAUGUUGAAGAGUUCCUGCGCUUUUGCCGUCACAUGAUCAGUGAUGUUGAAAGAAAAAUUCAAAAAGGUAAACAAAGAUUAGAACUGAUGAAUUCCAAACCUGAAGGACCACCUAUGACUCAGGCUCAAACAGAAAAGAAUAUGGAGCAGGUGAAACUUUUGUCAGAAAAGAUAAGUGCUUUAGUCAGAGAGGCAGAGGAAGCAGGUACCUGUGGGAAUGUAGAACAAGCUCAAGGUCUAAUGAAGCUGUGUGACAGAUUGAAAGAAGAAAAAGAACAGCUUCUGAAACAGCAAGAAAAUAGCCACUGGUCGAUGACAGCAGAACUAGCAGCAGCUCAAGAGAAGCAGAUGGAAGUGUGUCCUGUGUGUGGAGCAUUUCUUAUUGUGGGUGAUGCGCAGCAGAGAAUAGAUGAUCAUCUUUCGGGGAAACAACAUGUUGGGUACUUCAAAUUGCGUCAAGCUUAUGAAGAAAUGAACGAAGCUCGUGAGAAGGAACAACAAGAAAAGGAGAGAAGACGUCGCGAGGAAAGAGAUAGGGAGCGUAAUAUUCGUGGUGGCGGCCUGGGAUCUGACAGGCGUGAUCGCGAAAGAAUGGAGAGAGACCGCGAGCGUGACAGAGAUAAAGACAAGGACAAGGAUAAGGAAAGGGACCGCCAUAGAUCAAAUCGUGAUGAACGCCCCGGUCGUCAUGAAGACCGUGAUCGUGAACGCGAACGGGACCGAGAGCGCGAGCGUGAUCGAGACAAGGACAGGGAGAGGGAUCGUGACAAGGAACGAGAACGAGAUCGCGAUAAGGAGCGGGACCGUGAUAGGAAACAUCGUAGGGAGAGAAAAAAUUCACACGAGCGUCCGCGUCGGCGUUCUCGCGAGCGUCACUAGCGAAUCACUGAGGUAUCACAUAAGCACCUCGAACCGGUAAGCAUAUAUGUAGUGUUAUUUUUCAAUCCACAAAUGACGUCACUACAUAAAAAUCAACCGACACCAGUACAUUAACAAGACAAUGACAACCUAACAACCGAUUCAGACACAAUCUCGCCCCGAAUGUUGAUACAAUAUAUAAGUAAUAAAUUGAACACUGUUAUUUUACAGCUUUAGUAACAUACCAAAAUAAAACUUCGGUUUAUGGCAAACUAUGGGGAGUAAUGCCCCGUUGCACUCUCGAUUCGAUAGUUGUCGUCACACCGACGGACUUGGCAGGUAUUUGAUACGUAUUAUGAAUAGCUGGAAGCCGAGCAAGUUGGAAAGGCUUUUUGGUCAAUCGCAAUCAAUCUUAAACAUUUUAAUCGUUAUUUUAAAAAAGAACUUAGCGAUUGACCAAUGAGGAAUCAGAUGUGCUGUCCGCAUUGACGUCGUCUAGUUGAGGUAUUUUUAAUGUAUGUUUCGUCGUCGUGAAUUUCGAGUUGCUUCGGUCGAGCCGCUGCAGAUCGCGAAUGCCUUGCCAGGUAUUUGUUAGGUUAUCGGUUUUGGGAAAUAGGCUCACGACAUAUGGAUAAAGUGCAUCAGACAAUUGUUGUAGGGCUUCACUGAAACUUUUUAAUAAAUUUGUCGAACAAUCUAGUCACGCCGUCGUUUUAUUCGCUUUGAAUAAAUUAUAAUGAAUGGACAAGUGAAGGGAAGCAUGUUCCAUAUGCUUCUUGUUUCACAAAACGGAUGCUGUUUUAACAUCAUCUUCUGUGCAUUUCCAGGUACCCUAUAUAUGGCAACAAGCUUUUUGUUUAAAUAAACGUUUCAUAUUCUUUGUGUUAUAAUUUUAAAGGUUUAUGCAAAUUAAAUCUACUUGAUGCCAUAUUCAAAGUUAUCUAAUACCCACAAUCCCAAAUGAAAUAAACUGACAAUGAUUGACAACAAAGAUAAUCAAAAAUUUAUAAAAAAGGUAUAAUAGCAAUCAUUGGACGCAGUAUAUUUCAUAAUAAAUGUUCUCAUAUUUUCGUUACUAGCGUAUCGAUGGACUUUUCAGUUGGCAAACUACAAUAGACGAAGAUCGACAUCAGCGUGUCGUCUCAACCACAGUCAAUGAGGUACUUUUGAAAUUAAGACAACAGAGAGCCGCUGAAGAGGCGAAGGCACCCAAGGUUACUUUGGACAUCGGUUUCGAGGUGACAUAGAAUAGUUUCGUGUAAAAUAACAAUUUUCUAUUAAUUCCAUAAUGGUUUAUUCAAAUGCAUGUAUCGUCUUGCGUUUAUAAAUAAACUUGUUAUUAUUUCGAAUUAGACUAUAAGUAUGUGUAAAAUGUAGCUACCUCGGCAAAUGUUUUUUUCCCUAGGAAGGUUUAUUCUGUAAACCAGAUACCACUGAGGAGUGACUUCAGGUAUUUAUCGAACUUUUAUUUCGUUAUAAUAUAAUAAAAUUGUGAUUAAUUUGUUUUGUAUGACUAUAAAGUGUGAACCAAUAGGGAUUGUCCAUAUUAAUAUAAUAAAACAAUACCAUAAUGCAA